AUGGCAGUGACUGCCCCUGCUGUCGUCGUUGCCGUUGCCGUUGCCGUUGCCGUUGUGGCUGCCGUUGUUGCUCUUGGUGCUGUUGUUGAUGCCGCGUCGGAGCGUGGUGGUGGAAAAACUUUGGGGAAAUGCUGUUUGAGACCACUACAAAAGCACAUCAUGUGGGGUGCCUUGCGGGGAAUCGCGCGCCAGGCGGCUGCGCCCAAGGGCGCACGUACGCUGCUCUCUGAUCGCCUGCCAGAGGUCGGCAAGAGCGCCAAGAACGCGUCGCUGACUUAUUGGUUUUUGGCUCCUGCUGCCGGCUUUCUGUUCGUCGAGCUGUUCGCUUAUCAUGACAAGAAGGCCCCCCGCGAAUGGUCGCACCUGAAUGAGGACUCCACCGUGUUCUCAUGGGGUGUGCCCAAGGCACCCUUCUCCGAGGACGCCACCAAGCCUCGCAAGGUCCAGCAGGGUAUCUGGGAGCGCUAUAUGGCCUCCCGCACCCCUAGCAUUCAGGAAAUGGACGAUGCCCAGUCAGCCGUUGUCACUGCGCAACGUAACACGGCCGAGCAGACUCGCCUUCGUUACGCCAAGGAUGGCACUUUCAAGCCCGAUGGCGAGCGCGCAACGCAAUCAGAUGCCAUCACUCGCUAUCUUUACAACUGAGUUGCUUCAUUUCCGACAGCGCUGAAUUGUUUUGUUGUUUCGUCUUGUUCCAUGGCCAAGGACGUUGCCUCUGUCAUCUUCUCGAUUUUGAGGUCGCCUUUGCCGUCUAGUAUGCCUUGCCCGUUGGUUGGAUUGCCGACGAACGAUUAACUCGCUUGGCCAUUCUUUGCCUCUUCACUCCCCUGUACCCCACUGUUGCCCGGUACGGCUGCACUUUGUCCUGUGCUUCUCCCGAGGCAUGGAUGUGUGUGCUUGUGGCACGAUUUGCAUGGAUCCUUUUUUUUUUUUUUCCCUUGUGAAAAAGGAAAAAGAAAAGAAAC